UCAUAUGUCUAAUGAUUACACAUUUUCUUAUAUCACUAUGUUCUUAGAUCAGUUUAUUUUUUUUUUUAAAAAAGGUUAUAUUGCGCUCUCUCAAUAAUUAAUCAGGUCGAAUGGACCGGGAGCUGUGGCCUUGUGGGCUAAGGGUCCUGGUUAUUGAUAACAAUUCUUCAUAUUUGUCGGUUUUGGAAGAGCUACUUAUCAAGUGCAGCUACAAAGUUACGACAUAUAAUGACGUCAGACAAGCAAUGUCCUUCAUCUAUGGCAACAUACAGAUUGUUGACCUCAUAAUUAGCGAUGUGUUCUUUCCAACUGAAGACGGUUUGCUCAUUCUGCAAGAAGUUACCUCAAAGUUUGACAUCCCUACCGUGAUAAUGUCUUCAAACGCUGACACGAGCAUAGUGAUGAAGUACAUCACCAGUGGGGCUUCCGAUUUCCUGAUAAAGCCUGUAAGAAUUGAGGAGCUGAAGAACAUAUGGCAGCAUGUGCUCCGGAAGCAAAUCGGGGAGAACAGAAGCUGCAGCAACAGUGCUCAUCAUCAACACCUCGAUCAGGUCUCAAUAUCAUAUCCACCACCAGCCGGCAUAGCUCCUGCUGGUACCACGGCAAGAGAAAGAGAGAUGACGACGACGGCUAACGGGACGGUCACGGAUAUACAGGAUCUCAGGAAGUCUAGGCUCAGCUGGACCAUGCAGCUGCACCGCCAGUUCAUUGCAGCUGUGAAUUCCCUGGGGGAAAAGGCAGUUCCAAAGAAGAUAUUGGAGACAAUGAAGGUUAAACAUUUGACAAGGGAACAAGUUGCAAGCCACCUGCAGAAAUACAGGCUUCACAUGAGAAAAGUGAAUCAAGCAUUGCACAAUGACGACGACACACCUCCGUCAUCAAGCCUUCCCAAUGAAUCAAACAUUCUCCGGACCGAAUUCGACGGUUCUUUGAAUCCAACCUAUUUUGAUCAAGAUGGAUGCACGGAGUACUCUUUGCCCAAGGAUGACCUCUCAAGUGGCUCGGACUGUAUGCUGGGAGAACGGAACAACUACUCACCGCAAGGUUUCCAGGAUUUCAGAUGGGAUUCAGACAAGCAGGCAUCUGAAACGACAUAUCUAUGGAAUUUCGAGGCAGAUGAGUGACUCUAUACAUAUCAGCAUGCAUGCCGCGGAACGUAACUAAUAAGCAACAAUACUAAUAAUAAUAUGCACUUAUAUGCCAUGUGCUGAAUAAUUAAUAAUAACCUACUCUAUGUGUAGAGUAUUACAUCCUGUACUGAACCUUGUUUGUGUAGUUAUGUAUUGUCUACAAGAACUUUGCUAUAUGUAGAGGGAGAUACCACAAAUAGCCAUUCCUAUGGAAUUUGGGAUAUAUCUCAAAUAACUGUGUACUGUCGAAUAGUAUAUAGUAUGUAAUUAUGCAUUUAAUAGCUCCCUACAUUAAA